CAACAAAUUGGUCCGUGUUUCAGAUUAACCGUGACCGAGACUUUAUUAACCAAACUCUGAUCUCAGCAUCUAUUUCAUCGAUUUUUUUUCCUUUGAGUUGCCCUUUUCUUAUAUUCAAUUUUAUGCUGGUAAUGUAGUUCCCUGCGGUGAUGAUUUUAUGAAAAAUUCACAUGUCAGACUUCAGAGGUUCUUGAAUAAAGAAUCAGUGAGAAUACAUUCAUAUUUCUGAGCAGAAGACUAAUUUGUUUGGAAAUCCCCCAUAAAUCGAUUUUGAGAAGAUAAUAUGUGGAUUAAUUACAGAAGGGAAAUCAUCUUUAUUGAAUUAGAAAGAGACGCGCGUUGUUUAAUGAAAGCUGUUAUCCGUGGUGAACAAUGAUAGACCCUUGUUGUGAAAGUGAAAUCUAAAAAUUUAUUUUAGAAAUACCAUCCAAAGUAAAACUGAAUUGAGUAAUUAAGACUUAAGAGGGAUGAGUUUAACAUUCUAAAAUUCAAAAAUGUAUGAGCAAAACCUGAAUGAGAUUAACAUUGAUGAGGGGUUAUCUGAACAAGCCAAAUUCCGGUAUCUAUAUAGCCAAAAAUAAUUGUACCCGAAAGUAUAUCUGAGACUUUUUUAGUAAGCGUCAAGAAACACGUCGUCGAGAGAAAGAAAAGUGUUGCAUAUUUGCCUACGUGGCAGAACAUCGACCAAAAUAGCUUUCAGAUCCCAUUUUCUCUCCUAAUUAUUUGUCGAUGUUGUUGUCGUCAUGUUAGUCCGCGAUGGAGAUAUUUCGAAAGGCAGCGAUUGUACGGCUCCGUAGCCACAACGAUAAAUACCUUAUCGCCGAUGACGAUCAAGAAUCCGUUCAUCAAGACCGUCGCGGCACAACUAAAAACACCCGAUGGACGGUUGAGAUUGUUCCUGGAUCCAAUGUCAUCCGUCUUCAAAGCUGUUACGGCAAAUACCUUACCGCCACUAACAUUCAUUUCCUCCUCGGAGCCACCGGUGAAAAGGUACUUCAAACCUUACCAGAAAAAUUGGACUCAUCAGCCGAGUGGGAGCCAAUAUCGGACGAUGGUAUACAUGUACGAUUCAAGAGUCGGUACGGGCAAUAUCUAAGAGCAAACAAAGGUUUACCACCGUGGAGAAACUCCAUCACGCACGAUAUUCCUAGCCGUACGGUCACACAAGACUGGAUCCUGUGGACUAUUGAUGUUCUCCAAAUUCGAGUUAUCAAAGAUGAUGCUGAAUCUACCCAUACUUCUUCCACAUUUUCACGGACUGAGUCAGGUGACUCGAUUACUGUGAGUCUACCACUAAAAUCCGAAGGAAGACUGAUAUAUUACGAGAUCGGAGAUGACAGUGGGAAGAGAAAUAGCGAUACAGUACAAAAAUCAUUGAUUUUCCAUGGAAACGAAUUGACGGAACUAAAGAAGAAACUAGAGGAAGAAACUGGGAUCGAAGAUCUUACGGUUUGCUCUAUAAACCCUCUGAAUGAGAAGCUUUGUCCUCUUCAACUGCAUCUUCCACCAAACAACGCAACAAUGCACAUCAUCGUCGUUCCUUCUUCUUCUUCGCUCGAUAUCGACAAAGGUUGUUAAAAUAAACAACCAACACCACGGAGAAGAAACUAGAGAGCAUUUUUUAAUAUGAUUAUCUCUAUUUUAUAUUACCUUGUAUUGGGUCUACGUAGAAGAGAAGUACAUAUACUGAUCUAUUCGUUUUUUACUUGGUAUUGGACUAAAUCUAAAUCAAAUAGCAGGUUUUUAGCUUCUUUAAGUAUUCAUUAAUCAACUGUAUAUUAUUUUAAAUUAAGUUUCUUUAUGACGAUAAAAAAUUACAUCUAUUUAGUAAUUU